CCAAGCUCACUUGACAACAAGGAGAAGAAGAAGGGUGCGAAUUUGAUCGUCUUAUCAGCUCCUGAGUCAGUCUAAGGAAGCAAAUUAAGAAAUUAGGCCGCGCGUUAACAUUAACCUUUGGAAUAAUUUGCAAUCUUUUUUUUGGGGACAGUGUUCAGUCAUCGAAAAUACGGCAUGGACAACCACUUUGCGUUUAUUAUUCGUGGGGAGAAAAUAAGAUGAGGUAGUUCUCGUCGCAUGGAGAAAUCGUGUCGGGAAGGAGGAAAAUUUGUGCAAGUGAAAUUUCAAAGAAGUAUAGUUUUGUGUAUUUCGGAAACUAUGAGAUUUCGGUGAAAUCGUGUCGGGAAAGAAAAUUUGUGCAAGUGAAAUUUCAAAUUUGAAGUUUAGUUUUGUGGAAAAUAUGAGAUUUGGGUGAAAUCGUGAAUUUGUGCGAGUUAAAAAUUUGAAAUUCGAUAGGGUUUUCUGUGCCGUGUAAGAUAUGAGAUUCGUCACGGACAUUGUGGUCAGCCUGUUGAUGGCAAGUAUGGUUUUAGUCCUGGUGGAGAGUGCGAGGAAUCGGACGCGGAGGGAGGAGGACCAGAGUGGCGUCGCACGUGGGAGAAAGGCAUCCCUUGUGAGACGCUUGAUGAAAAAUGGGCGUCGCAUUAAAGAAGGCAGCGUACGUUUAGCCGAGGGUUCGACGGAACAUGAAGGCCGCGUGGAGAUUUACCAUGAUGAUCGAUGGGGUUCAAUUUGCGAUGAUGAGUGGGACGAGCGAGAGGCUGCCGUCGUGUGUCGUCUGCUGGGCUAUAAUGCGAGCACAAAUAGUGGUCCUCCGCACUGGACGCAAUUCUCCGACGUCAAGAUUGACAUCAAAGCGACACACAAUGGGAAAUUUGGACCAGCUCGCGCCCGCUACUGGUUGGACAACGUGUUUUGUGACGGAAAUGAGAAGAAUUUGACAGAAUGUCGCCACGACGGGUGGGGCGUGCACGACUGCACCGAUGCCGAAACCGCCGGUGUCGUUUGCGCCAGAGAAAUCCCGUCCGAUGAAGAAUUCACCUUUACAACGCCACCCCCACCCGUCCAAAAGUUCAAGAGGAAGAGGAUCGAGGAAAUUGAAGUGAAACUUGCCGGUGGUCGGUUACCCAACGAAGGCAGAGUUCUCGUCAGGCUGGGAAAAACGGAGAAAUGGGGCGUGAUCUGCGGGGACGGGUGGUCGUUGCGCGAGGGUGCCGUCGUCUGUCGCCAACUGUCCCUCGGUUUCGCCCAAGUCGCCCCACAGACGGAUUUCUUUGGAGGAAAUCUCUCCUCCUUGGCGACCACGGGGGUGCAAUGUGUGGGGGAGGAGGGCACCUUGAACGACUGUCUCCACCACCACGUCCCCCCCAACGAGACGGCCUUCUGUCCAGGAAAUGGGCGCAACUUUGCUGCCGUCAUUUGCACCGAGAUGCUGCCUGACCUGGUGCCGGAUGCGGUGGAGGUGCAGCGGUCGGCCUACUUGGAGGACAAACAGCUUUACUUUCUCCAAUGCGCGAUGGAGGAGAAUUGCUUGGCAUCCUCCGCCUACAGGCAACAGAGCGAGAACCAUUACGGUUGGCAUUUGGAGACGAGACGGCUUCUCCGCUUCACUGCGAGGAUUGUCAACUCGGGCAAUGCUGACUUCCGUCCGGCCAUCGCCAAACAUUUAUGGCAGUUCCAUGCCUGUCACAUGCAUUAUCACAGUAUGGAAGUAUUCGCCGUAUUUGACGUUUUGGACGCCCGAGGUCGCAAGGUUGCGGAAGGUCAUAAGGCCUCCUUUUGUUUGGAAGAUAAUGAAUGUGUCUCAGGCGGUGAGGCGAAAAAGUACGCAUGCGCGAAUUACGGGGACCAAGGGAUCAGCGUGGGCUGUGCGGAUAUCUACCGGUCAAAUAUUGACUGUCAGUGGAUCGACGUGACGGACGUGGCUCCGGGCAUGUAUACUUUCAAGAUCUCAAUCAACGCAGAAAUGAAAGUGGCGGAACAAACUUUCUCCAACAAUGCCGUCACGUGUGCGCUGCAUUAUUCCGAAGCCGCCGUUUUUGUCACAAAUUGCACCGUAACGCAUCCCUAUUAACGAACCAACGCUUAAAAUACCGACACAGCCAUAAUUUCAAGUUUUUUAUCACAAAACUUCACCAAAUCGAGUUAUUCAAAUACACAAUUUAUUAAAAAGUCUUACUCAAAUUUUACUGCUGAUUAUGUAAAUUUAACUAAUUAUUACCAAAUCCAGUAAAAUAAAACACCAACA